AACCCAAGUCUUUCUCGACAAGCUUUCUUACACUACUGAAUUAGGAAAAUUUGAAGUCAGUCAAAGUUUCAGAAACACGAUCCACGAAUGAAAUUUUGUCUUCCCACCCACCACCGCCACCGCAGCGCGCACACAGAAAAAAUAUAAAUUGAAGUAAUCAAAUUGAAGAAAAAAUGAAGCAUUCGAUUCUCCCGUCGGCAACCCACGAUCGACCCAGUUCUCCUCUCCGUCGGCGGCAGCUCCCCAUCCUCCGUCUGAGGGCACAGGAAUGGAGGUGAAGAGAGAUCUGGUAUCCAUGGUGUAGACUUUGUAUUUGGUGAUUUCUUUGAUAUUGGAUUUGUUAGCGUUUCUUCUCUUUUAUAUUUUGCUUCGCGGAAGAUUAGGGCUCUCUGUGUUUUCUAUCAGAAAAAGGGCUGUGUCUGUUAUGCAUAAUUUUGUGAAGGAGACAAAUUGAUUUAGUGGAAAAAUGGCAAAGGGCAGUCAUGAAAAUGUUGCUUUUAUAGAUGUUGAUAGCUAUAGGUUGGAUGAUGUUAUCAUCAUAGAUGAUACUGAAUGUGUAAAUAAGGAAUUUCAAGGGUCCAAUGUAGCAACAGAAAGAAGAAAAAGUCCAUUAUAUAUAUAUGUAGAUGGUUGCAGCUCGGACGACGAUGCCUGCUCACCUUCAAGAACCUUCCCGUCAUCCUCUGGGCGGCAUUUUGUUGAGUUAGAUGGUCGACAAAGCCGAAAACAUUAUGCAUUUUUGAUGGGGAAGUGUAGGCAAAGAAACUAUGGGAAAGCAACUGCUAGAAAUCGUUUUGGUUUACAUAUUGGUUCUCACAGCAGUUCCUCGGAGAGUGAUAGUUCUGAUUGUGAAGUUAUGGAAGGGUCUUUUGAAAAGCUCCAAAAACAGUGGGAAGAAGCUUCUCUGAGGAGAAAACAUGAUGCCCGCAGUGCUUACUUCACAGUAGAUGAUGAAGAUAAGGCCACUGCUUCUCAUGGUGAUGAUUCUGAUACAAAUUUUGAUGUAGAAAAUCAAAUGAAGCAGCAAUGUGAAGUUCAAGUUUGUCCUAGUCCUCAAACUGAUGGAAAUGAUGGCUCUCCUUUGUUGACCGAAAUAAAGGGCAUUUCAGCUGAAAAGAGUCCUAUAACAUCCUUUGAUGUGAAGGACAUAAUUUGUGAACGAGAGAGGCUCAAGGAGACUGAUGAAUACAGGCGGGCAAUGGAAGAAGAAUGGACAACUAGGCAACAACAGCUACAAAUUCAGGCUGAAGAAGCGCAAAGAUUACGCAGAAAAAGAAAAGCGGAUAGAAUGCGGCUAUUGGACAUGCAAAGAAGGCAAAUGAAGCGUUUGGAAGAAGUGAGAGAGACACAGAAGAAGGAUGAGGAAAAUAUAAACUUGAAGGAACAACUUCGUGUAGAUGUGAGAAAGGAGCUUAGUUUUUUGGAAAUGAAGUGCACUGAUAUGGCCUCCUUGUUACGUGGCUUGGGAAUUCACGUUGGAAGUGGCUUACAUCCUUCCUCACAAGAGGUGCAAGUAGCAUAUAAGAGGGCGUUGCUCAAAUUUCAUCCCGAUCGAGUGUCGAGUACAGACAUACGUCAGCUGGUGGAGGCUGAGGAGAAAUUUAAACUUAUUUCCCACAUGAAGAAAAAAUUUAUGUGCGUUGAUUCUGAUACAAAUUUUGAUGUAGAAAACGAAAUGAAGUUGCAAUCUGAAGUGGUAGUUUGUUCUGGUCCUGAAAAUGCAGGAGAUUUCUGUUGGAUAGGAUUUGAAAGAGAGAGGUUGAAAGAGACUGAUGAGUAUAGGCGAGCAAUGGAAGAAGAAUGGAGAACUAGGAAACAACAGUUACAAAUUCAGGCUGAAGAAGCACGAAAAUUGCGCAGAAAAAGAAAAGCGGAUAGAAUGCAGCUAUUAGACAUGCAUACAAGGCAAAUGAAACGAUUGGAAGAAGUGAGAGAGACACGAAAGAAAGAUGAGGAAAAUAUAAACUUGAAGGAACAAUUUCGUGUUGAUGUAAGAAAAGAGCUUAGAAAGGUGGAAAUGAAGUGCACUGAUAUGGCCUCCUUGUUACGUGGCCUGGGCAUUCAAGUUGGAACUGGCUUACAUCCUUCCUCACAAGAGAUCCAGGCAGCAUAUAAGAAGGCAUUGCUUAAAUUUCAUCCAGAUCGUGUGUCAAGAACAGACAUACGCCAGCAGGUGGAAGCUGAGGAAAAGUUUAAACUUAUUUCUCACAUGAAAAAAAUUGUGCUAACAAAGUAGCAAUUUAAUCGGCCAUGUUUUUGAAAGAUUGGUUGUGAACUGGAGACUGAAUCCUGAUGUAUGUGAGAACUGAGAAGAAUACAUUUUUUGGCAGAUGCAGAUCUUGAUUUCAAUGGAAUUAAUCUUCAUAAAUCA